CCAACGGUCAGAGAUAGUCCCUUCUCCACAUCUGCACCACAGCCCUGUCGUGCAUGAAGUAGCCAAUUUCCGGUCUUCAUAAUCAAGGCAACAUGGAAAACCGCCGAGGACGAGUAUCCAAGGCUUGCGACGCCUGUAGUCGUCGGAAAGUCCGGUGUAACGGACAGCAGCGGUGCCAGCAAUGCGAGCACCUGGAUUUGCUCUGCACAUACACUCCGAACCAGCUCGCUCGAUCGAGAAAACACGCCCAACGACGGGGCGAGGUCAUCUCGAAAUAUCGGAAUGGCGGUCAUAAAGUCGAACCGGAACCUGUGCAGCCCCUAAUCCAGGAUUCACCCUCCCCUGGACUGUCUCUCUCCAGUUCCUACUUUCUCAGUUUAGUACCGGAGUACCUGCUAUUCGUGUAUCCAUUCAACCCGAUCAUGACGGCCGACGAAGUCCAAGAGUCCAUCGAGAAGAUGGACACCGACGCCGAACACGCAGCUUUCGUCUACGCCUUCGCGGCGGGCACCAUCGACCUCACACAAUCCAGACAUCCCACACCAACAACAUCCAAGCAAAUCUCCGAACUUGUCCGCAAAUCCAUCGAAACCCAACAACCACUCCUCCCUGGCUUCCGCCCAUCCGUCCUCCGCGCCAUGACCAGCGUCUUCAUCCAAAUGUGCUUCAUGAGCCUCGGCCAGCACGAUCUCGGCUUCUUCUACCUCCGCGAAGCAAUCAGCAUGAUCCACAUCCUGCGCGUGGAAGACAAAGCCGUGCACGCAAGCCUGAAUCUCACAGAACGCUCCCGCCGCCAAAGACUCUAUUGGCUGUGUUUCAUCCACGAGCGAUUCAUGUCCAUCGUGCACUUCUCGCCUGCGACGCUGUCUUCCCACGCCGCGUUCCCCGAGAUAGACCCAUCUCUCCCGGUCGGCAUCUCGCAAGGCUGGACGCAAGUCAUCAAAACCUUUCUCCUGCUCGAACCCACAUUCAUCAGCCUAUGGAUCGGCGACCGCAGCCAUGUCACGGCGAGCUGGGUAGAGCACAAAUACCGCGAGUUGGACGACACGCUCUGGGAACUCGAAGUCUCCAUGUUAUCCGAAACACAGCAGGCCGAUCUCGUGAUCACGAGACAGUGGAUGCGAACCCUGUUAUGGCAAAUGGCUAUGUCCAACUGCCUGCUCUCAUCGCAUGCUUCCUGUCCAUCCCUCUCACUAGAACUACCCCUUCGACUAUCGAGUCAGUUACGGCAAUUCUUGACGAAGAUCUCGCAAAACACGAUCCGGGUGCAUGGUUCGUCGAUCCUGAGUAAGUUGUUAGAGAUCAUUAAUACGAUCGCGGAUGUGGUGAUUCAUUUGCCGCAGGCGACGUUGGAGGAGACGACGUGUCGGAUUGAGGAUAUUGUGUUUAUGAAGACGGUGGUGUUUUCGUUUCAUAAUUUGCAGCAGGUCUGUAGGGAUAUACUGUUGGAAAAGUUUCAGGUGAUUAGGGAUCGGUUUCCGGAGAUUGAGGUUGCGAAGGAGUUGGCGACGUAG